CAUGACUACCACGGCAGUGGACGCCGGACAAGGCGGCCUCCUCGAGGUCGGCCUGACAACGAACUAGUUCAAUUCGCCACAGCAACAACGGCGAAAAGAGACUGCACAUCGUCUGUCCAUCUUGUGGUAGAGUUUUUCAUUUUCAUUUCGAAAACCCCGACCUCAACGACCACAUCGGAGCUGAAAGUACGAACCCGGGCGCUGGGUGUUCCCACUCAGUACAAGCAGUUGAUUGAGGCGUCUUCAAGCAUUCGCCUCCUUCGAGGGCCUCGAACUCGAGCACCAUUCGCAAUAGACGCUCGUGGCUUUCGACCACAACUGCCAGCUCCACCACAGCCUCGGACUGUCGUCUUUCUGCCCGCAAGACGUGGGCUCGAUUCCGCCAGGUCGCUUUCGGACCGAGACGAUCGCAGCCAGAGCGGUCGGCCAGGAGUCGAUCAGGCGAGAGCAGAAACGGCCUGCAUGUGGCCUGACGAGAGACCAGCAGGAAGUGACGAGCCGAGGCGAGAGGGUCGGACAGGAGAGAGGAGCAACAAAAUGCGAUUGGAGUCCGAAAGACACGACUGCACCGACAAGCUCACGAGUGCUCUUCCAGCCAGUCCGUCACUUUCCCUCUUCUUCCUUUUAGCCUCAGCCAGUCUGCCUCCCUUCUCUCUCUCUCGUUCUCUAUCUUUCUCUCUUCAUCUUGUACCUGCCUUCUGUGUGCUCGGUCAAUUUCACUUCGUCCCUCCGACCGUUAUGACCAAAAUAGCGUUUUGUCCAAGUAGCGUUUAUCUGUUGCUGUUCACCCAAAGUCUGGCCACCAGAUGGACCAUUGCCAAAAUCGGCUUCUCGGCCACUUUUUCUGUGGACUGA